AACAAGUAACGGGACUGACCGGUUGCCAAAAAGUUGUUUUGUCGAAACCCGUUAGGAUGCUACGAAUGUGUUGUGGUGGUAAAAUAUUAUUCCAUUGUUGUAGUGUUUGAGUAGAAGAAUAGAAGUUAGUGACUUGGGAACUACAUUUUAUUUAGCUGUGCGUCAUGAUUCCCAACCACAGGCCGCCGCCAAGUGACAGAGGAAAAGUUAUUGACGAUGAAACUUAACUCCAGUUGAAUGGAGACGGACUAACACUAUUAAUGAGGAGAUGAAUUUCGGUGUCCCCGCUAAUUCGCUGCUGCUUUUCCGUGCCUGCGACGAGGGAGACUAUGAAACCGCCCGGGGGAUCCUGGAGCCCGGUGCCCCGAAAGAGUCGGGACGACAGAGCAGGCUGCGGUUAGAAGCGGGGUCGGAGUGCAACACCGCGGACAUGUUGUCUCUGGUACCGGUGGACUCCACGGACGAGGAGGGGAACACCGCCUUACAGUUUGCGUCGGCCAGUGGUCACGAGAACCUGGUCCGGUUUUUGUUACGAAAGGGGACCUCGGUGGACAGCCGCAACAACUACGGCUGGACCCCGCUGAUGCAGGCUGCUAGGUUUGGUCACCUGACUGUUGCCCACAUCCUGUUGGAGAACGGGGCAGAGAUCAAUGGACGCAACAGGCUGGGUGCGAGUGUUCUUACUAUGGCGGCCCGCGGGGGACACACUCACGUAGUAAAGCUACUCCUGGAGAGCGGGGCCUACGUCGAUGACUAUGAUCACCUGGCUGUUGCUGCGGAGGCAGUCUCGAAUGGCAACAACAACAACAGCUGCAGCGGGGCUGGUUUCGGAGGUGGUGAAGGCUGUCCAGGAGGCGACGGCAGAGAAUUCAUGGACAUCAUAGCCCUGAUGGUGGCAUCUCAGCAUGGCCACGAGGCCUCGGUGCGCCUGCUGCUAGAAUGGGGCUCUGAUGUCAACUUUUCCCAGAAGACCACUGGCUGGGGACCCCUCAUGGUGGCCACCCUCGGUGGGAAGGUGGCUGUGACUCAGCAGCUGGUGGAGCGCGGAGCUGACCCAGACAGGGUUAAUGUUCUGUCCAAGACGGCCUUUGAACUAGCCAUGCAGCUUAAACAGAGAGACAUCAAGGCCUAUUUGGACUCCAUCACCACUGUCCGACCCCAGACCGACGACGAAAGGCGAAGACCAGAUGUGUUCAGUGCACUCAAGUUAGGAAACUCCCAGCUAGUCAAGGAGAUCUUGGAGGAAGAUCCCACUCAGGUGAAUUCAUCCAAUCAGGAGGGAGCGUCACCUCUUAUGAUAGCGGCAGUGAGCGGUCAGCUGGAAGUGGUGCAGCUGAUGGUGGAGAAGAAUGCCGACAUCGACAAGCAAGAUGGCGUCCAUGGGUGGACCGCUUUGAUGCAGGCCACCUAUCAUGGGAAUAAAGACAUUGUCAAGUACCUGUUGAGUCAAGGGGCUGAUGUCAACCUUCGAGCUAAGAACGGAUACACAGCGUUUGAUUUGGUGAUGUUGCUGAAUGACCCAGACACCGAGUUGGUGCGUCUGUUAGCGUCAGUGUGUAUGCAAGUAGACAAGGACAAGCCGAAGCACCGUAGCAGAGCCUUACUGACUCGCUCUAAAAGCCGACAGUCGCUCAACAACGUCCCCGUCCCACCCGACGACAAGGGAGGCCUCAAGUCCUGGUGGAGUCGGAUGUCCAAUCGGUUCCGACGGCUGAAGUUGACUCACACCCUGAGACACGGCCUUUCGUCCAACCGCCUGGCUCCAUUUCCAGGCGAUGCUGAAACGUCAUUGGACGCCACGAUGAAGGCGAACAGGAAGCCGGCUGCCGGGUCUAAUGGAGCGCUGGCACCAGCUCCUGCCCUGGGGGGGAAUGACAUCAGCACUGCCUGGGCAGGCAAGAGCAAAGAUACUGGUCUUUGCAGGACAAACUCAGAAAAGGAGGACUUUCUUAUAACCACAAUGCUCAGAAGUGGUGCGCCCUUGACCCGGCUGCCCAAUGACAAGCUGAAAGCGGUGAUCCCUCCCUUUCUUCCUCCGUCCAACUUUGAACCGUGGAACUCGGACCGCUCGCGUCUCCUCGGGGAGGGAAAGAGCGAAGCGCCCCGCCUGCCCAUGCCGCCCCAGAGGAAGCUGAAUAGCAGUGGAAACUCGGAUAUUACAUCUAUCAGUCGCGUGGUUAGCAGAUCCAUUAAGUUCCCCAGCAUCCCCAAGGGGCCCUCCUCCUCCUCUCCUUCAAACUCCGGUCACUACCACUCCCCCCACUCCUCAGGAGGCUCCAAUGGAGUGGCAGGGAUCAACCGGGACUCUCAUAACCGUUCAGGGGGCAGUGCAGACAGCGUUCUCUCCCAGAUAGCAGCCCAAAGGAAGAGAGCAGCAGGCCUGAUGGAUGCGAAGGCCCCGGCUCCGGAGAAACAGCCCAGCCAGACUCAGAGUCCACCCUCUCUGCCACCCUCAGCACCCGGCAUGCCGCUUCCUGAUAUUAACCUUCCGGAGAUCCACUCCCACUCCAGCCUGGUGGCUCCCGACAUCCACUCCAGAAGGAAGAUGGAGUUGAAGAAGAGACCUCAGUCGGGGAAUUCUUCCACAUCCAAGAGCACGUCGCCCACUCUGACUCCGUCUCCUUCCCCGACGCCCAAGCCCCCUACUGGGCCGGGAGACUCUCUGUCCUCAGCCUCUUCCCAUCCUCGCUCCAAGAGCAGCGGGGGCUCCAGCAGUGGAACCAUAACUGAUGAAGAUGAGCUGUCUGGUAUAUUAAAGAAACUGUCCCUCGAGAAAUACCAGCCAAUAUUUGAGGAACAGGAGGUGGACAUGGAGGCUUUCCUGACUCUAACAGAUGGAGACCUGAGGGAGCUUGGCAUUAAAACGGACGGACCCAGACAGCAGAUCUUAGCGGCCAUAUCAGAGCUCAAUGCUGGAAAGGGCCGAGAGAGGCAGAUCCUUCAAGAGACCAUCCACAACUUCCAGUCGUCCUUUGGUAGCAGCGCGAGCAACCAAAGACAGCCAGCUGAACCACGCUCACCAACGGGUUGGAUGAGACACCAGGUUCGUUCCUCCAACAAAAGAUAACCCAGCAGCCCUGACGCCAGCCAGGAAGUACACCAAAGGUACUUAAGAUGAGAGUAAAAAUGCCGGUGACCUCUAGCCAAGGCACGACUAAUAAGGAGUAUUCUGGACGCCGGUGUCCCGGACCACUAGCGGCGUUGGUGCAAGAAGAUGCUGCAGCAAAACCACCAAAUAGACCCUGAUAACCUGCCUUUGUAGAACCCUCCAGGACCAAACAGCAUUAAAAGUAUUCCUCCCGUGGAUCCUAAAGCAGGAGAGGUGUGACAGGGCCGGCUGAGUCCAGUGCCCUGCUGCGGUUUGACAAAGCACAUGGUGUGUGGCAAAUGAUGAUGUUUUUGUUUUUGCCAUAAUGAUACGGUUGCCACAUCUACUGCUAAUUCAGCGCAGAGAGGUUAGAGCGCAGAGAGUGUAAAAGACGAGAAGAUCAAAUACACAGCAGAGGGAGAGGGAGAGAUUGUUAUUUUAGCCAAACAAAUGUGAAGGAUACAGCAUAAGUAUUGUAGAGAUGCCAAGGUAAGUCAGGAGAAAAGAAGAGAGAGAGCACGAGUAUAACAAUAAAAUAGGUAUUAUCCAGAAAUACUGAGAUUAAGACUUCAGAGCAGUUGUAAUGACCAAGAAGGAGCACUGAUGAGGAAAGAAUAUGGAGAGAGAAAGGGACAUCAUACGAACAGAUCAUUUUUAGUCAAAACUGUGCUGUCAUGAAUAAAUAAACAUUACAUUGAUGCAAUAACUAUGUUUUUUUUUAUGUUUUAGACCUAAUGGACUUGAGAUGAGAAAGCAUUGGCAAAAACAUUUGGGAGCAUUUUAUGAGCCGCCUAAAUUUAGUUUGGAAGAGAGAGUUUCCAUUGAGCAUGUUUUUGCAUCUGGCUCCAUCAAUACAGUUGGUCCGAUGGAGCACGAUAUCAUGUAACACUAAAUAUGAGGUACUUUUGAUCCAUGUCUUUAAUCCAAAGGAUUCAGAUAUCAUAUCCUGUUCAGUUAUGUACUGCAUCUGGCAGCGACGAAGCGAACAUACUGUACUGUGCUUUCAAAAACGGAAUCUGGGUGAUGAAUCAAAUCAAUGAAAAACAUAAAUAAAAUCUGUGUCCAAAAUGAAAUCAUGCAAAACCAAAAAUAAACUGAAUACAAACUAUAUUCAUUGGUUCUCGGGUUUAAUGGUUGGAAAGCCGGUUUCAUGUCCCAGCUUGUGUAAAACCUUUACGCAGACCAAGUCAAAGCUGAUCUUCCCUCCACAAGAUGGCAGUGACCUUCCAUUGGUGCAAUACAUUAUCAGAGGGUUUCUUCUCCAGCUGGAAUAAACUGUUCUGUGAAGUUUAGCUCCCUGAUUGAGGUCUCUUCUUCAGCUUUAGCAGUCACAUUAUAGCAACUUUUGAAAAAGUUGAAUUCAUCAGCAAUAAAAUGUGCUUCUCCAGCCUUACCCGGUCUGGCAUGACCAGUAGUUUCAGGUGGCUAAUCUUAGCCAAUGCUAACUUUAGA